AUGUCGUCCGCUAUCUCUGUACACAUUAUAGCUAACAACUCCAGGAACCGUAACCUCUCAUUCCGAUCGCGCAAAGAACCCCCUGCCAACCGGCACCGGUUCAGCAUCUCGACUUUCCGCGGGAUGCAAGCGCCCGAGCUGAGCAAGAAGAUGACCAAGCUGAUCAAGAACGAGAACUCAGCCAUCGGCGCUCACGAAGCCGCCGGCCGCGAGCGCAGCUCGAUCGCCGGCCAGCUCUCUGAAUGGGGCGAGGCUACUGACGAUGACAACGUCUCCGACAUUUCCGACAAGCUCGGCGUGAUGCUCGCUGAGAUUGGCGAGCAAGAAGACGUUUUCGCGCAGAAUCUCGAGGACUACCGCACUAUCUUGAAGCAAAUUCGUGACAUGGAAGCGUCUGUGCAGCCAUCCCGCGACCAGCGCCAGAAGGUCACCGAUGAGAUCGCCAAGCUGAAGUACAAGGAUCCUUCGAGCCCUCGUCUGGUUACCCUUGAGCAUGAGCUUGUUCGUGCUGAGGCUCAGAACUUGGUUGCCGAGGCCCAGCUGUCCAAUAUCACGAGACAAAAGCUGAAGGAGGCCUAUGAUAUCCACCUCGCUGCUGUGAUCGAGCGCUCUGAGAAGCAGACCAUCCUUGCUCGCCAUGCUCGUCGUCUCCUCAACUACAUUGAUGAUAGCCCCGUUGUGCCUGGCGAUGCGCGCCAAGCAUACGACCAUGAACUCGAGGCACGCCAGAUUCUCGAGGAUGCCGAGAACGAUCUCCGCGCAUGGGAGCCCAGCGUUGAGCCCAUUGAGUCUUCUGCGGCCCGUGAGUCUCGCAAGAACAGCUACAGCAACAAUGUCAAUGGACUCAACGGCGUCGAAGAGAAUGACCAGGAAUCGGAUGUUCUGGAGCAGACCUCUGCGAUGGAGACCGGCGGUGUCACUGCCCCCGUGGAUAGCGGCGCACCACCAGCAAAGAUGAUGGUUGAAGCUGUGUAG